CAGGGGGCGCUCGCAAACGCGUCCACGUCCCUGUGACGCGUAACCUCUGACCCCGGCAAGUUUCCCACGUGGUUCAAUGGACGGGAGCGAAGAAAACGUGCCGGUUGUCGAAAAGAGUCCAGGAAUGAAGAAGAAGGAGAAAACGGACAAGAAGAGGAGUUUGCAACACGAGGAGGAGGAUCAGCUCAUCGAAUUCAACAAAGAACCUGUCGAUAAAGAUGAAGACGAUGACGAUUUAUCAGACAGUGAAGACAGUGUCUACUCAGGACUGGAGGAGUCUGGGAGUGACUCAGAGGAGGAGGAGGAGGAGGGAUUAGAUGAGGAUGCAGAUGAGAAUGAAGACGAUCGAAAUCAACAGACAAAGAUAACGAAGAAUACAAAAAAAGAAGAGAAGGMUGAAAGUGAAGUAAAAGGAGAAGACGAGUAUCAGCAUGACAGCUCAGAUGAGGAGGACAUCAGAAACACGGUGGGCAACAUUCCUAUGGAGUGGUACAAAGACUUUCCUCACAUUGGCUAUGAUCUGGAUGGAAAGAAGAUCUAUAAGCCAAUCAGAAACAAGGAUGAGCUCGAUGAAUUCUUGGACAAAAUGGAGAAUCCUGAUUACUGGAGAACUGUUCACGACAAGAAGACGGCGAGCGACAUCGUGCUGUCAGACGAGCAGAUCCAGCUGGUGAAUCGUCUGCAGAGAGGACAGUUUGGAGACAUCAACUUCAAUGAAUAUGAGCCCACAGUGGAGUUCUUCAGUAAAGAUGUCAUGAUUCAUCCUGUCACAAACAGACCUGAAGACAAACGCAGCUUCAUCCCGUCGUUGAUUGAAAAGGAGAAGGUCUCCAAACUGGUGCACGCCAUCAAAAUGGGUUGGAUUAAACCUCGACGGGUGGAGGAUGACAGCAAAGGGCGAUACUACGACCUCUGGGCCAGUGAGGACUCUUCUAUUGUAGCCAAACACAAAAUGCACCUUCCAGCCCCUAAAAUCCGUCUGCCUGGUCACGAGGAGUCCUACAACCCCCCACCUGAGUACCUGUUCACAGAGGAGGAGAAAGCUCUCUGGGAGCAGCAGGAUCCCGUAGACAGGAAGCUGCCUUUCAUUCCCAACAAGUUCAACAGCCUCCGUCAGGUUCCAGCGUUCUCUCGGUUUAUCCACGAGAGGUUUGAGCGCUGCCUCGAUCUCUACCUGUGUCCCCGGCAGAGGAAGAUGAGGGUGAACGUGAAUCCUGAAGAUCUGAUCCCCAAACUUCCCAAACCAAAAGAUCUGGAGCCGUUUCCAACAACUCAGUCUCUGGUGUAUCGAGGUCACAGUGGUCUGGUUCGGUCCAUCAGUGUGUCUCCAACAGGACAGUGGCUUGCUUCAGGUAGCGAUGAUGGUUCGGUCAGAUUGUGGGAGGUGUGUACAUCUCGCUGUUUGAAAACAAUCCAGGUGGGCGGAGCUGUGAAGAGCGUGGCGUGGAACCCAAACUCCUCUGUUUGUCUGCUGGCUGUUGCUGUGAACUCAGAGGUCUUGAUUUUGUCCCCUGCUCUGGCAGGUAAACAGGUCGUCUCGUCGUCGGAGCAACUUCUCGCCGCUCAGCAGGAGGAGGAACCUUCUGAGGAGUCCGACACCGUCAUCUGGUCUAACACGGAGGGGGAGGAGCUAAAUCAGGGCAUUCGUCUCAAAAUCCAACAUCCUAAAGCUGUCCACCAGGUGACGUGGCACGCUAAAGGAGACUACCUGGCAUCAGUGAUGCCCGACAACACCAGCCACCUGCAGGUGUUCAUCCACCAGGUGAGCCGGAGGCGAAGCCAGAAUCCUUUCAGGAAGAACAAAGGUCUGGUCCAAAGUGUGUCCUUCCACCCUAUCCGGCCCUACUUUUUCGUGGCCACCCAGCGUUCCGUCAGGAUCUACAAUCUGGUCAAACAGGAAAUGACCAAAAAACUACAAGCCAACUCGAAGUGGAUCUCCAGCAUGGCCAUCCACUCUGGAGGUGAUCAUGUGAUCUGUGGGAGCUACGACUGCAGGCUGAGCUGGUUCGACCUCGACCUCUCAACAAAACCCUACAAGCUGCUGCGGCACCAUAAGAAGGCGGUGAGGAGUGUGGCCUAUCACAGAGGUUACCCGCUGUUCGCCUCGGCGUCGGAUGAUGGAUCAGUCAUCGUCUGUCAYGGGACUGUUUACAACGACUUGCUGCAGAACCCGUUGAUAGUUCCUGUGAAAGUUCUCAGAGGUCAUGUAGUCACUCAUGACCUCGGCGUUUUGGACGUGACCUUUCACCCCACGCAGCCUUGGGUUUUCUCAUCCGGGGCGGACGCCACCAUCCGACUCUUCACCUAACGAGCUGCUCUUUGUUUCGUUAUCUGCUGGUGAACCGGCUGAAGGUGUCAAACCUCCCUGGUGUAACCCCUGGUUGUUCUUUCCCACAGCACAGAGGAAGUCAUUUCCUGUGUUUUAUUUUACUGUUUAUAUUCAAUAAAAUGUCUGACUUUCUUAGGAUUCAUUGCUCGUUUAUUUUUUUAAACUGCAAUAAACAAACACUUAUUACCCCUGAA